UUAAAUACGAGUCUCUUUUACUUUCACGGUUUUCUAACAAUUCUCUAGUUUUCUCUCGUCUCCUCGCCUCCUCCGCUCGCCGGGAAAACUUCUCCUUCUCGCCGGCAAAUCCGCUGCCUCUCGCGGGCUGUUGCCUCUCGUGCUUUGCUUCGUCCCUCGCCUCGGUCUGUUUUCUUGACAAAAAGGACUUGAAUCCACGCUUGGCUUCUCUUUUCGCCGUAUCGAGGGGGGUUUUGGCCUUUGCUUCUCUGAUUCAGCGGAGGACGGCGGAGGUGUCAACAAGAACGCUAAAUCAGUAUGGGAUGGUAAGCGGUGGAAGGAAGGGCUUUCUUGUCUAUAGAGGCUAGUAAUCAGUUAAAAAUACUGAAGCAGAAAAAACUUGAGUUUUAUAAAGAGACCAAAGCAGUACAAGAAACUGUCAAUGCUACAAGUGCAAUGUCUAGAAGUGGAGGUGAUGCUUUAAAAACUCCAGCAUUCUGGUGUUCUAGAUUUCAUGGGAAUGUCAGUGAAUUGACUCCUGUCAGUGGAUCCGCAAAGGGUGCUUUUUCCAAGCAUCCAGUGAAAAAGUUUGAAACAUGGGACUUGCAAUGGAUUGAAAAGGUCCCAGAAUGUCCAGUCUUUUGCCCCUCAGUUGAGGAGUUCAAGAAUCCACUUGAUUAUCUUCAACAGAUUGCUCCUAGUGCUUCAAAAUAUGGCAUAUGCAAAAUUGUCUCUCCCUUAAGUGCUUCAGUUCCUGCUGGUGUUGUCUUGAUGAAAGAAUUAGCUGGGUUCAAGUUCACUACCAGGGUACAACCUCUCCGUCUUGCUGAGUGGUCUGCAGAUGACAUGGUCACCUUCUUUAUGAGUGGAAGAGCGUAUACAUUUCGGGAUUUUGAGAAGAUGGCAAACAAAGAAUUUUCUCGAAGAUUUUCUAGCACUGGAUGUCUCCCAGCUAAGUUUAUUGAGGAGCAAUUUUGGCAUGAAAUUGCAUUUGGAAAGACAGAAAUGGUUGAGUAUGCUUGUGAUGUUGAUGGAAGUGCCUUCUCGUCCUCUCCUAAAGAUCAACUUGGACAGAGCAAUUGGAACUUGAAGAAAAUUGCUUGUCUGUCAAAGUCUAUACUACGACAUCUUGUUAAACCAGUUCCUGGAGUAACAGACCCCAUGCUUUACAUUGGGAUGCUUUUUAGUAUGUUUGCUUGGCAUGUAGAAGAUCACUAUCUAUACAGCAUUAGUUACCAUCAUUGUGGGGCUUCUAAAACAUGGUAUGGAAUCCCUGGCUAUGCUGCUGCAGACUUUGAAAAGGUGGUGCAGAAUCAUGUAUACGGUUCUGGUAUUUUGCAAGGUGAAAGAGAAGAUGUGGCUUUUGAUUUACUUCUAGGGAAGACCACGAUGUUUCCACCAAAUAUUCUAUUAGAACAUAAUGUCCCUGUUUAUAAAGCUGUACAAAAACCUGGAGAAUACAUUGUCACCUUUCCUAGGGCUUAUCAUGCAGGAUUCAGUCAUGGAUUCAAUUGUGGUGAGGCAGUGAACUUCGCAAUUGGUGAUUGGUUUCCAUUUGGUGAAAUGGCUAGCCAACGUUAUGCAGUUCUGAACCGAAUGCCAUUGCUACCUCAUGAGGAACUCCUAUGUGGGGAAGCACUUUUUCUUUCCAACAAAUUAUCAGAUUUAGCUUGUAAAAAUGGUGUCCCUUCAAUUGAAGAGUCUAUAACACAACGGAAAGUCAAACUUUCUUUUGUACACUUAAUGCGCUUCCAACACCGUGCUCGGUGGUCGCUGAUGAAGUUAGGAGCCCAGACAUGCAUUAAGUCUGAUAAUGUACCCUGUGGAAUAUGCAAACGUGAUUGCUAUGUUUCUCAUGUUAUAUGUAAUUGCAGCAAGGAUCCGAUAUGUUUCCGCCAUGAGGGAGAGCUCAGAAACUGCUGUUGCAAAAACAACCGGAUUGUAUUUCAUAGAGGGAACAUUAUGGAAUUGGAAGCUCUAUCAAGAACAUUUGAGAAAGAGAAGGACAUAUCCAAUGAAAUUCAAAAUCCGGAACACCAAGGCAGCCAUUUUUAUCUUUCAUCAAGGUCAUUCUAUGGGGUUGAAGAUGAUGGCUAUUCUCCUUAUUGUGCUAUAAAAGUUGAAGUUAACUCCGAGUCUUGUUCUCCUGAAACUUCCACUAAACAAGAUGGUGAUGAUUCUGACUCUGAAAUAUUCAGAGUCAAGCGAAGACCUUCCAUCAAAUUGCAGAAAAGAUCCAUUGAUGAUACAUUUUGCUCUGAUUACCAAGGUCACCAGGGCCAAAGACGGUUGAAGAAACUUUGCCUAAAUGGAAGGCAUCUUGAUAUAGCAGAUGGCCCUAGUUCAAUCAAUCAUCAUCAAAAGAAUCGCAAACCUUCUUUAAGCCGGGCGUACCGAGGGAAGGCACCAGAGUCAUCCAAAUUCGGCAGGGAUUAUUCAUCAGACAGUGUUGUGAAGGUAAAAUUGAACCAGAACAAGCGAGCCGCUAGUCCCUUCUUUUACUAAUAGGCAUGCUUUCCAAAGAACUCAGAUACCAACGAAGUUCUCUGAGAAAGCAACGGCUCAACCAACAGGGUUUUAGUGAAUUAACAGGUAGAAGUAGAACAGAACAACUCACAUCGACGAUUCUUUGUGCUGAAGGCGCCCAAAAGCAAGUGCCGGCACGGAUUCAUUCUUUUUUCCAUCACCUGUUUAAUUUCCUUGUGCUCGUGAUGGUCAAAUUAGCUGCAUACUUGUCGUAGGAUUAGAAACGCUCAUUCUGCUAAUGUAUCCACCCAUUUACUUUAUUCUUUAUGUACUGUAACAGCAGUUACGCCGGAUUGCAUUUUUUGAAUAGAUACAUGGUUGGAUUAUGUAUCCA